GUAGCAAGUUGCAACUGAUCGGCCUAAAUUACGGGCCGGAUAAUCCAACUCCAUAUAUUCCAAGGGAACUCUUUCUAAAGCCCCGUCCAGUCCAGUCCAGCCCAGCCGGAUACACACGAGUCGUAUACGGAAAUAUACUCGAGAAUCAAGGCGGUCAUGGAAGACACGACAUGCGAGUUGGUGCCACAUGCUCCAUACGCGCUCUUUUGAGCUCGCCUGUGCAGUUUUCUACCCAGAAAUCGGGGGUCGAGAGGCGCAGGCGUACUUGAAUGGGAAGCACAAGGUGGUCAUGGACGACACGAUACUUCGUUGCGAGACGCGAACGUUGCACGAAAGCAGCCGCUCAUACAGGCCCCGGGGCUAGGCUCUUAUCCAGGCCUAAGAGCACAAUGUGCUAAAUUUGUCUUCCAUUUGAAGGAUGCUCGUUGUCGCCACCGAAGCAAUCAAUCAGCCCAGAAUUGUACAUCAUUUGUCGGCACCUUCACCUAGCUGACAGAAAGUUCAACUCAAUUGUACACGAGUUUUAUGAUGUUCGAGAGCUAGAGAAGCAGUUCAUUUCCGUUCAUUUCGGUCUUAUCCCAACCUUAUGGUGCACUUUUGCUGGUGGGUGAUGACAAUCUACACCGAGCUGCACGACGAAAUCAGUCAGAGGACUGCCUGCAUCCGAGUCUUUGAGGAUCUGUACUUUAGGUGAAAACUAAACUGCCUUGGGUGGGGCCGGUAAUGAGAUAAGGACAACUUACCACUAGAAUUUGAAAAAACACGACAAGCUUUCGAGUACAUGGUACAGAGAAUCUACCCGAAGCAGCUACCCAGCCACCAAGCCAUGACUUCCUAGACCGGGAAAAAUAUACACCUAGGAUCAGAAGCGUGCAGAAUGCAGGGAGAGAUAGCUCGGCACGAAGUUUGCUGUUUACUGUUCUAGGUGAGCCUACGAGCAUUUAUGGUUCCAAGGGCUAUCUACGUUGGUAAGAAUGCGGCAGAUAGCUGUCAAUUGAUGGAUAUCAGUAGGCAGGGGGCAGGUCGGCAGGAAGAAAGAAGCUAGGUACCCAAGUCGGUACUUUCGUCUGAUUAAAGUGUACCUGUGUGUAUAUGCUUUGAAAGUGCGAAUGUUAUGUGAUCUUUCAUGCAAGUGCCGUGCUUGCUCCUGUCAUAGCGAGUUGUCAGACAAAUCUAUGUGUAUAUAGUGCUAGAAAGGACCGAAGGUCCAUUCGUAAUGUAUGUACCAUGUACGAGGAG